AUGACUUGUGUGCGGGUUUUAAGCCUAUGGGUAGCUUUGUGGUUCGUGGUGUGCGUUAUGGGUGAACAAGACGUGAUUCUCUUAACGAAAGAGAAUUUUAACAGCACCGUCAAGGACCAUAAGCUAAUGAUGGUCAAGUUUUACUCUAACUGGUGCGAGAGUUGUGCGGAAUUUGCUCAAGCGUACGAGGAAGCCGCAAAGCGACUGAAAGAGAACAGACCUCCAAUUUACCUCGCCGAAGUUAACUGUGGCAAGGACAGCUCGCUUUGUCAGCGAAUUGGCAUACCAGGAUAUCCAUAUUACGCGAUUUAUCGUGAUGGCAAAUUCAGUACCGGCUACGGCGGCGCUCGCGACGCUGAUUCGAUAGUUGCUUUAAUGCAGCGUCAGGCUAAUACUAGCUGA